AUGGACAGCGAGGUAGGACCCCAAGACAAGGAAGCCACGAUGGGAGGGACUCGCAACUCCCCCACUCUAUCCCAAGCUUCUCAACUAUUUCACCUCUCCAAGUCCUCUCCAUUCUCGCAUACUGCCAACGCCCGCGAGACGCUAUCCCCGGGACCAACACCCCCCCCGGAAAAGCUACCAAUUCGCCGCAAAGAGGCUGCCUCCGACACAAGCAACUCCACGUCCGAUUCCGCUGGCUCGGUGUUUGGCACUGACACAGGCUCCUCUGGCUCCCCUUGUUCCCCACGAUCCAUCACCCCCCAUGAUCCCACUGGUGAUUUCGUGGUGCCGCCCCAUGCCAUAGUCCUCGCCUCCCCGACUAUUGAAGGCCUCGCAGAGGCCAUUCAACAGCUGAAAGACCGGUUCGCGUUAUCAAAGCUCCCCAAAUCUCAAUACCUCCACGUCAUCAGACUUGACCAAGCCCUCAUUAAGAGGCUGGAGGACGAGCCCGACAUUUUCCGGGGCGUCAGGGCCACAAUUUCCCACCAGCAAGCCGAGAUCCUCUACAAGAUCAUGCCAGGUCUUCAACACGAACAAAUGAUAGGAAGCUUUGCCAUGUGUCUGACGGAGCACCUCGUGGCUAUGGGAUUGUCCCAUCGACGUGGCGACUUCAUGAGCCGACAGUCCGUUCGAACCGCUGGCCGGUAUUGCAGCAAAGAGCCCGACUGGUGGUUCGGUCCAAACAACAUCCUAAUCGAUGGCGGUGGGGAUGGCGACGCCUCCCUGAUCCUCGAAGUGGGCUUGUCUGAGCCGUCCGGACAGCUCAAGGCCGACGCCAGGUGGUGGCACUCAAACACAGGCGGAGGGACUAAGCUUGUUGUCCUAAUCCAUGCCAGCCAUGAGCCAAUCUGGACGGUAGACGUGGAAGUUUGGUCUGAGGUGGACAAUCCGCGGCCCGGGGCCAAAACCAGGGAACAUCCAGCAAAAAUCAUGCAGUGUACCCAAAGGGCCCAUUUCGAGAACGGCGUGGUCCACGGGGGCCCAUUGACUCUCGACUUUGAAGUACUGAUGCGUCGACCUCCGCGGAACAGCCAUGAGGCAAAUGUUGUUCUCGACCACCACGAUCUGUUUUGUAUUUGUGCUGAGAAAAAGUGA